AUGGCGUGGGAAAAUAGAGCUGUUAUCCGGGUCAAACUUGGCUCGAAUAUUUUUGACCAUGACCCGGUUAAUGGUUACAUAGUUAAUAUUAAGCGAAAAUUUUAUAAUACCCGUGUUUUGGAUAUUAAACAUUAUCAAGAUGGUACAGCAGUUCUUCGCAUUAGUCGGGAUAAUUACUAUAUUGGCAGCACUGCUAGAUGUCUCGAGCAGAAGUUAAUGCUUCGCAUUAUUCAAACAAAUGGAAGUGUUAUUCCAUUAGAAUUGGAUUACAUUGACGAAAUACAAGAUAUCAAUUAUUGUUAUGUUAAUGCUAAAAGUCCUAUAAGUAUAUACCCAUUAUUUGACCAAUACAUUCUAGUGACAUACAUUCAUGCAACUAAUACCUCUGAUAAUGCAACUUUCAUGGAUCGAGGAAUAGUUGUAGAUUGGUUUGGGAAGAAUUUUUGUCAACUCGAUUUUGGACCAUCUUACUUAUUUCCGGACACCAAUAUUUGGAGUCCAAAUGAUUAUAUAACUGUUAACAUAGAACCUCGGAAGGGAUUUUUGCGUUUAUCCACGGUACGAGGAACAAACAAUUUUGAAUGGGUGCAAUAUAACUAUACAGGCGGCGGGUAUUUCAGCUUAUCACAAAGCAAUACAGUUGAAAAUUUAAACUUUGCAAACUUACAAGUUUCUGUACUUCCAACAUUGAGUUAUGGAUAUGUAAUUAUCUACACUAAUACUACGCAUAGAACAUUAUUGGAAAAUGGAGGAUUAUAUGCCAUAUUCCUGAAUUAUAGUCAAAAAAGAACGAGUCAGCCAUUUGUUUUGCAUGAAAAGUCUACUCAAAAUAUAAUAUUCACCAAGUUAACAUGCUCCAUUGACUAUAUUAAUGUUAGUUAUGUAUGCGUCCUAACCAUAGAACAAAAAGACCUAGUUCCUGUUAACGGAACUAAUAAUACUAGCACAAUCACAAACACAUCUUACAUCAAAAUGAGUUUUUUUUCCACAGGACCUUGGCUUAAAUCGGAUUUAAUAUUCAAUUUAACCUUAACGUCUUUUAGAACAUUGCCUGUUGGAGGAUACGUAUUAAUAUCACGAAACACAGUUUUUAGUUCAGCUGUGAAUUUCACGAUUCAUCUUUACGAUGAAUAUGAUAAACCAUCUACUUGGGAAUUUUUGCAGCAGCCUAUUAUCUCUAACCUUGUUAGCUCAUAUGAUAUAUUGCCAAAUAAUACGAUGUUAGUGGCGCAAAAUGAAACAACCACUGAUUGGAAACUUCUCAAUAUCAAUUUGCCUCAUCUUGGACCGUUUAACGAUAGCGGUUAUGGUAAUUUGCAUGUGAAUUUGACACAUCCCUCAAUAAAUUCUAGUGAUCUAGCAUUGAAUUCUGACGUGAUUUACAUUAUAUAUCAAGAACCCGUCUCUCUUUCAGAUGGCAAUUUAACCAUUAUCAGACUGACCGAAAUAAUUACAUUCAAUUAUCCGGGUGGGAGAUAUUGUAUACAAAUUGACAAUAAUUUUGUAAAAAAUGCCAAUUUUGGUGAACCUAUGCUAGGAAUUCAACAAAAUAUAUGGACUUUUGAAACAGCUAAUAAUGAAAGUUCAGAACAAAAUCAGGAGAGUAAUGACAUUAUUCCUACAGAAGUAGGAAGGUUGGGUCCAAUCGAACGUAAUCAAUUUGAUCCAACAGAUUUGACGAAAAUUCUUAUCUCAUUUUCUAUUAUUGGUACAAACAGAAGUGCCAAAAUGACUGCUAAUGAGAUAGCGAAAGAUUUAGACCAAUUAAUUAAGAAUAAGGCAUAUACAGCAAUAUCAAUAGGUCUUACUACAAAAUAUUUAGAUGAAACUUAUGGACUUGGUUUACAUA